CGAGCAAUAUCUAGCGUCUGUACGAGGUUCGCAUGACUGCCAACAUUAAAGAUGGUGCUGUAAUAUUUAAAAUUGUUCCAAACAUACUGAAGUAUUGUUGUUUUGUGCAAUUAUGUAAGAAGAAUAAUCGUUUUUUAGAUUUUACAGUUUAAUAUCUGCACAUCCUCACAUUACAUAUAUGCAUUAAUUAAUAUGCAAUAACUGUUUGGAACUACACAGCAGUACCACAUCAAAAAGUCAUUAACUGAGUCUUCUCUAAACAUUAGCUGCCAGAAAUUGUACGAGAGAUGCCAUUGGAUAGUCUGAGUCACUUUGACGAGAAGAGUGGAGUUGUGUCGUGCAUCACAGAUUGGGGCUGUUGGUGGCAGACUGUACAUGAAGUGCAUAUUGAAGUGAACCUACCAAAAAAUACAAAAGCAAAGGAGGUGUCUGUUAGAGUCUGUCCUAAUGAAAUUAACUGUACUGUUUGCAAAAAUAUUGUGUUCAAGGGUCGAUUAUACAGUACAGUGCAUGCUGAUGAAACAGUUUGGACUGUUGAAGACAAUAAACUGUUGAGUAUUGUGCUGGCAAAAGCAGAUGUUACCUUGAAGGAUGAAAUAUGGGAAUCAUUGCUUGAAGGGGAUAUGUAUAAACCAGAUCCACUCACAUUACAUAAGAUGAGACAGAAGCUUGACCUAGAGAGGUUUCAGAUUGAAAAUCCUGGAUUUGACUUCAGCCAUGCAAAGCUAUCCAAGAGUUAUGAUCACCAGCCAGGGUGGUCGGUAGAAGCUCUGAAGAAGAAGGGUGAAGAUGGAACAGAAAAACAGACAUGAACUGAUUCUGAGCCACUCUUUACAAAGUAAAGAAAAUGCUUUAUGUAAAGGAAGGCCUGUCCGUUUGUCUGUGACUUAGUAUCAGUGCCUCUAUCAUUAGAUUGAUUUUCUUUAAUCUCAAAAUGAGAGACUUUCACUAAAAGCUGUCAAGCAAUUGUCAUUUUCACCCAUAUUGAUCCAUAAUAAAGCCUGGUUUAUGUGUGGUCAUA